AUGCCCAACACAAGCCUGCGGCGCCCGCAAAAGGGCUUCCGCCGAGGCGGCAAGUCAGCAUACCAUGGCGCACGAACCCGAGCGUUCGCCGCCUCUUCCAGAGCCGAAGGCACAUCUGCAGAUGAAAGAUGGGAACGCGCCAAGCUCGCGCAAACCAUUGAUGAGAACAUGGGCUUUGCCCGUUUCGAGAGCGGCAGAAGAAAAGAGGGAUGGCUCGUCAAUGUACAGCCCACAUCUAUAGAGGACGACAGGCUGCCUUUCGGACGAGCGGCCCUCGACUGCUACUUUAUUGAGCUCGACGGCUCGACUUUCAAGGCAACCGUCGAAUACGACCCCUACUUCCUCAUCGCGGUUAGGCGCGGUCACGAAUCCGAAGUCGAAGAAUGGGUCAAGAGAGUACCUGGAGACGGCGUUGUAAAGUCGAUGCAGAGGGUGGAAAAGGACGACCUGAGCAUGCCCAACCACUUACUCGGAUAUCGCCGCACAUACAUCCAGCUCAACUUUGCCAACGUCAACGACUUGAUGGCCGCGAGAAAAGACAUCAUGCCUAUUGCAGAGAAGAACAAAAAAAACAUGAGCGCCAUGGACGCCUACGCCGAGGUUGCCACUGCCAACGGAAACGGAAACGGCAACUUUGACCUGUUCGACGAUGUACAGGACGACGAACGGCACGCAACGAAUUCUUACUCCGACGCCAGCGACUACAUCGUCGACUUGCGCGAGUACGAUGUCCCGUACCACGUACGAGUAAUGAUAGAUUUAGAUAUACGAGUUGGAAAGUGGUAUUUCGUCGAGGCAAAGCAUGGCAUCACAAAAAUUAUGCCAAACGAGGAAAGAUCACUGCCCGCAGACCCCGUUGUUCUUGCGUUUGAUAUCGAAACGACGAAACUACCUCUCAAGUUCCCCGACGCCACGAUCGACCAAGUUAUGAUGAUCUCGUACAUGAUUGAUGGCCAAGGAUUUCUCAUCACAAACCGCGAAAUUAUUUCGGAAGACAUUGGCGACUUCGACUACACACCUAAGCCAGAAUAUCCGGGCCCUUUCAUGAUUUUCAACGAACCUGACGAAAAGGCAACUCUAGAGCGUUUCUUUCUUCACAUUAAAGAAGCCAGGCCCACUGUCAUCGCAACCUACAACGGUGACUUUUUCGAUUGGCCCUUUGUUGAAGCCAGAGCUAGCGUCAAUGGCAUUGACAUGUACCAAGAAAUCGGCUGGAAAAAAGACACUGACGAUCAAUACAAAUGCAACUACGGUGUCCACAUGGACUGCUUCCACUGGGUGAACCGAGAUUCCUAUCUCCCCCAAGGUUCUCGUGGUUUGAAGGCAGUCACCGUUGCGAAGCUCGGAUACGACCCCGACGAGCUCGAUCCAGAACUCAUGACGCCAUAUGCUAUCGAAAGACCCCAGACUCUUGCCGAAUACUCAGUUUCUGAUGCCGUGGCCACAUACUAUCUGUACAUGAAGUAUGUGCACCCGUUCAUCUUCUCGCUUUGCACUAUUUUGCCUCUCGGUGGUGAUGAUACCCUGCGAAAAGGAACCGGCACGCUUUGCGAAAUGCUACUCAUGGUGCAAGCAUACCAAAGAGAAAUUGUACUGCCAAACAAGCAUAUUGCGCCAAAGGAAGCGUUCUGGGACGGCCAUCUGCUUGACUCGGAGACCUAUGUCGGUGGUCACGUCGAGAGUAUUGAGGCCGGUGUCUUCCGAGCCGAUAUCCCUGUCGACUUUUCUGUUGACACUGGCGCACUGGAUGAGCUGAUCAAGGACAUAGACGCCGCGCUGAAGUUUGUAAUUACUGUCGAGGAAAAGAAGUCCCUUGAUGACAUCGAAAACUACGACGAGGUGAAAGCCCAGAUUUUGGAAAGGCUCAACCUCUUGAAAGAGACGCCUAAUCGACAUGAACGGCCACUCAUCUACCAUCUCGAUGUCGCCUCCAUGUAUCCUAACAUUAUGACAACAAAUCGUCUGCAGCCUGACUCCAUGAUCACGGAGUCGGAUUGUGCUGCAUGCGAUUUUAAUCGACCUGGCAAGACUUGCGACAGACGAAUGCCUUGGGCGUGGCGUGGUGAAUACCUGCCUGCCAAGCGUGACGAGUACAACAUGAUCCGAAAUACUCUAGAGAACGAGAAAUUCCCUGGCAAAUAUCCUAAUUCGCCACCGAGGACAUUCCAGGAACUUUCAGCUGAUGAGAAGGCUACCCUCGUCAGAAAACGACUGCAGAUCUUCUCGCAAAAGGUUUACCACAAGAUUCACGAUUCCACGACUAUUGUCCGGGAGGCUAUCAUCUGCCAGAGAGAGAACCCAUUCUACAUCAACACUGUCCGUGAUUUCCGUGACCGACGAUACGACUACAAAGGCAAGGCAAAGGUGUGGAAAGGAAAGACUGAUUCGUUGAAAUCUUCCGGAGCAACAGCGAGCGAAGUCGAGGCGGCAAAAAAGAUGAGCAUUGUGUACGACUCAUUACAGCUCGCGCACAAAGUCAUUUUAAACUCAUUCUACGGCUAUGUCAUGAGAAAGGGUUCUCGCUGGUACUCCAUGGAAAUGGCUGGCGUUACAUGUUUAACCGGAGCCACCAUCAUUCAACUUGCCAGACAGCUGGUUGAGCGCCUCGGACGCCCUCUGGAACUGGAUACGGAUGGUAUUUGGUGUAUGCUUCCGGCUACAUUCCCAGAGAAUUUUGCCUUCAAGCUCAAGAAUGGGAAGAAGCUCAACAUUUCGUACCCUUGCGUCAUGUUGAACCAUUUAGUUCACGACAAGUUCACAAAUCACCAAUAUCAGACCCUUACGGAUCAGAAGACAUUCAAGUACGAGACGCACAGCGAUAACUCCAUCUUCUUCGAAGUCGAUGGCCCCUACAAGGCCAUGGUUCUGCCCACCUCAAAGGAAGCGGACAAGAACUUGAAGAAACGAUAUGCUGUCUUCAAUGAUGAUGGUAGUCUUGCUGAAUUGAAAGGUUUUGAGCUCAAGAGACGUGGUGAGCUGAAGCUCAUCAAAAUCUUCCAGCAACAGAUAUUCAAGUUUUUCCUGGAAGGUGAGGAUCUGGCACAAUGCUACGCGGCAGUAGCAAAAGUGGCCAACAAGUGGUUGGAUGUCCUGCAUAGCAAAGGAUCGACUCUGGCCGACGAAGAACUGAUGGAGCUGAUUUCUGAGAACCGAAGCAUGUCAAAACCACUGGAGGAGUAUGGUACUCAAAAGUCAACAAGUAUCACAACUGCAAAGCGCUUGGCCGACUUUCUGGGAGAACAAAUGGUCAAAGACAAGGGAUUGAACUGCAAGUUCAUUAUCUGCUCCCGCCCCAGGCAUGCUCCUGUCACCGAAAGAGCCGUCCCGGUUGCUAUCUUCUCUGCUGAAGAAUCUGUCAAGCGUAGUUAUUUGAAGAAAUGGCUGAAGGAGGAACCUACCGACACAGACCCCCGUGCCCUCUUGGACUGGGACUAUUAUCUCGAGCGAUUGGGAUCUGUCAUCCAGAAACUCAUCACAAUUCCGGCUGCGCUGCAAAAAGUGCGCAACCCUGUUCCACGUGUGGCUCACCCUGACUGGCUUCAACGACGAAUCAAUAUAAAGGACGACAAGAUGAAGCAAAGGAAGCUCACUGAUGUGUUCCAAAAGGAACCCCUUGGCGACAUCACCAACCUCAACGGCCCUCGCAUGGACGACAUGGAAGACUACGGCGCUAAGCUGCUGAAGCCAAAGCCGGUCAAUGCAGCUAUUGCCUCCUCGCAGCCGGCUCCUACCUCGCAGAAGCGCAAAUCGCCGGACCCCGUUGAGAAUGCUGAUCCAAUGGCAGCCCUCCCAAAGACUAUGCCUGGGCCGUCAGACGACUACGUUGGCUUUUUGGAGUACCAGAAACAGAAGUGGAAGCUUCAAAAACAGGCCCGUGUCCGUCGCCGCCAACUGUUUGGUGAGAGAAGAGGAAAUACUGGCAGCAACAUUCAGCAAACUUUUAUGAAGCAAGCACACCUGACCUUCAUGAACACAUGGCAGCUUCUUCAGCUUCGCGCGACCGAAACUCCUGGUGUCGUGACGGCUUUCGUUCUUAUCGAUGCCAAGAUUCAUACGUUGAAGGUCCGUGUUCCGCGACAAGUAUUCCUCAACCUGCGCAGCAAGGAUCUUCCUGACGUCGAAAUUGAGGGGUGCGAGGUUGAGCAAGUCAACUACACCUUGCCCAACGGCCAUCCAUCUACUCAUCUGUUCAAACUUACUGUUGCCGAAGACAGCUAUUACAAUGAGGCAGCAAAAUUUUCCCUCUUGUUCAACCACCCCAGCGUUGAAGGGGUCUAUGAGAAGCAGAUCCCUCUCAACAUACGCGCUGUGCUUCGUUUGGGCAACCUGUGCACGAUUGAUGACCAGCAAAAUGCUGUACUAGGUAAAGGUUUGGAGCAUGGCUUUGAUCUCGAUGGCCUCAAGCGACCUGCCAAGGCAAGAACAUACCUUGAUUCAUCGCCGCUGGCCUACAUCUAUGUCUCCCACAUAACGGCUGGCGACCGCCAGAUUUUUGGUAUCUUCUCGACUACAUCCGACAAGGCCAACGUUAUCAUUCUGCAGAAGAAUCGUGACUCUGGACAGGAUCUGCCCAACAUCACACGCAUGUACUCUGAAAUGCUCUCAAAGCGAUCGGAGGAAGCUGCUGGCACCAACUGGCAAGACUGCUUCAUGUACCAUGAGAAGGUCAAUUUCAAGAUUACGCAGGUGACUACGAGACGCAAGGCUCAUCUCGAAAUUGGAGACGUCAUAAAGCAGAUGCGCAAAGAUGAACAUCGUCCCCAGAUGAUGGUCAUUCAGUCUUCCCAGCGCAACUUACUCGUCCACGAUGUUCCUGUCCUGGGAGAAUUUCCCGUUCUGCCUCUCAAGUAUGAUGCCGCUGAUAGUUCGCUGCCUCCACUAGGCUGGCAAGCUGUUGUCGCCAGACGUCUUCUGGGACACUAUCUUGGCCUGGGUUCCUGGAUUUUGCAUCUCACGGCCCUCGCUCGCUAUGGUGACGUACCACUGUGCAACUUGGAGCGAGAUGAUCCUCGUUACUUGAUUGACAUUGCGUAUGCAAGGCGACUGCAGGCAAACAACAUUGUGCUGUGGUGGUCACCUGGUCCUCGCCCAGACCAUGCAGGUCACGAAAAGGAUGACCUGGUCGGGGCCCUAGAUGCUGUCAAGAUGCCAAAUGUCAACAACCCUGGCACAUACUCGUCUGUCUGUAUCGAUUUGGAUGUUCGCAACCUCGCAAUCAAUACCAUAUUGACUUCAUCCUUGGUCAACGAGCUCGAGGGUGCCGAUUCAGUCUCGUUCAACCCUUCUGCAGAUGGCUCGGACAGCUUGGCGUCCGAGAAUGCGUUUUCUAAUGCAGGCGUCCUGGUUUUGCGUGAGAUGGUAAAGGCUUGGUGGGCUGAGGCCUGCCGAGGCAGCACCAUGGCAGAUGUCCUAGUUCAACAUCUCGUUCGUUGGGUCGAGAAUCCUGAUUCUUUCAUGUACGACCGUGCUCUACACUACUAUGUGCAAAUGAUGUCACGGAAGGCAUUCCAGCAGCUGAUGGGCGACUUCCGCCGCGUCGGCUCCCAGGUUGUCUUUGCCAACGCAAACCGCCUCAUUCUGCAGACUACCAAAGCCGAAGUUGGAAACGCCUUUGCCUACAGUCAGUACAUUAUCAAAUCGAUCAAGAGCAAGCCACUGUUUCACUUUAUCGAUUUGGAGAUCAAGGAAUACUGGGACUACUUGGUCUGGUAUGACGAGUUCAACUAUGGAGGCAAAGCAUGCCAAGAGGUCGUCGAGGCUGAUGAGCAGCCACUGGAGACAAUCAUGCACUGGCAAAUGGCUACAUUCUUGCCGAAGCGCCUGGAGCCUAGCUUCCAGACAUGGGUCAUUGAAUUCAUUCAACUCAUGCACGGUCUGAAGCGCCAGGCAACACAUGAUCCCGACUCCACACCUCGACUUACGCAGCUGCCGAACCGCAACAUUGAAAAGGAAGAGGGUCAGAUCAUCCUUGGGAAGAGCUAUGAGAAACCGCUGAAGAAGGCCAUCUCUGGUUUAAUUGCUCAGCAGAAGCGAGAGUUACUGCACCCGGAGCUUGCUGGAGACUAUUCGUUCCCCGACCUACCGGGCUCUCAUUUGCGUCCGCGCAAUGCAAUCCUCGAGCUCGUAAAAUCUCUCAUGCAGAUUCUUUCCCUGGACAAGAACAUUACACUAGAAGCGCGACUUUUGCGCAAAGAGCUUCUCGCGCUCUUCGAAGUGCGAGAAUUUUCCAAGGAGGGCACCUUUGCGAAUCCAUCAGAGAGUCUGAAGCUUGUCCAGCUCUCGUGCGACAGCUGUACCAUGGCCCGCGAUUUGGACUUUUGCCGAGACGAAGAUCUGCUCAGCGCAGGCGGCACUGCCAGCGGAGCUGGCUGGAACUGUCCCUUUUGCGGUGCCGAGUACGAUCGCGUGACAAUCGAAGAGCGGCUGCUGGCCAUGGUGGAGAGCUGGACGGUCGAAUGGACAACCCAAGAUCUCAAGUGCGCGCGCUGCGGCGCGCUGCGGAUGAAUGAGUUUAUGGAGCAUUGCACUUGCAGCGGUGAAUGGAAGGUGACGGUGUCGAGGGACGAGAUUGUCCGCAAGCUCAAUGUCAUUCGACGCGUGGCCAAGUUUUACGGCCUGCGGAUGCUGUCGGAUGUUGCCACUCGUUUCGGCGAGGCCAUGUAA